AAAUUACGAAAAACGUAGUAAUGUAUUUUCUAGGUACAUAAAGGAUGAUUCAUCAUAAUAUUGAAUGAAAUUCAAAAAUCUAUUAUGGCUACCACCAGUAGUUCAGAAGAUAGCAUAGCGCCAAGAGAUUUCCAUUUAUCUACAUCUACAGACAGUGGCAGUCGAUUAAGUCCUAACAGACAACGUUGCCCUUUAUGCCGAAAGUUUAGGAAAGUUUUUUAUUGCAAGGAAUGCCUCCAUAGCGGAUUAUUUUAUAGCUCUAAACACAAGAUAACAGAUGGGUAUCUCGAUAAACAGAAAGCACUGCUGGAACUUGAGGAUAACAAAGGAAUUUUAGAAAGGAACUGUCUUAAGCUUCUUGAGAAUAAACAAAAGUCUGAUAUAUUGAAUUCGAAAAUUCGCCAAGCAAAAGAUAGAACAAGGACAUUACGAUCAGCUUUAGAAGAAAAACGAUUCAAGAAAUCUGCCAACAACACCACAUUAUCGGCUUUAAGAGAUAAAAAUGAGAAGCGAACGAAAGCUUUACCGAGAUACGACACGAAAUGCCAAGAGAUGGAAACAAUUGUGUCCCACAAGAAUGAAAAGGUUGAAAGAGUUUCGGAAAGUAAUAGGGAAAAACAAGAAGAGUUGAAAAAACUGGUUAGACUGAGAAUUCAUCAACUUUUUAAAUACAUCUUUCCUAUUACUGUUGUUAAACCAAAUGCAGAAAUAGAGCUCUCUACAGACGACAUGGUGAAUGCCCUCGCUGAAGCAUCCCAAACGACAUUUAUUAGUGACAGAUGGGAAUAUUCAGAUUAUUUAGGUGAAAUGCGAUAUUGUAUCGUGGGACCCACAUUGCCAGGAUCAGGCAACUAUUCUGCAUAUAACAUUUGGGUUGCUCAAAAUCAAGAUGGUGUACCUGGUUCGAAUAGCGUCAGUUCUGUUGAGCCGAAUCCAGCUUUUAGUAUUAGUGCUGCACUAACUUAUACUGCACAGUUACUAAGCGUUUUAUCUUAUUAUCUGAAUACCAGGCUUCCAUGUAGGAUGCAAUAUAGUGAUUUUUGUAGUAGUUAUAUGAAAGACGAGCAAUUCGCAAGAAGAACCGCUAGAUUGAACGCCAAUAUUCUAUAUUUAUGUUUGCUUCAGCAUGUAGAUUUAAGUAGCCUGAAUUCUGCCAAAACUAUUCACAAUAUUUUACAAUUAAUUGAGGAUCCAAAUACGGAUUUAGGAAGGGUUGGUCCUGUCGAAUAUGACGUUCAACAGGCACUUGCUUUGGAACAAGAUUUGGUAAAUGAUCUCAAAACUAGCGAAGACUCUGAUUCGGAGGAAGGGGAUUCUUUCCCAGUCGAAUGGGAGGCUGUACCUCACGUGCAGUGUCCAGAAAUAUCUGCUGGUCCAGCGAUCAGCCAAUCUCCACAAAUGAUCAGCACCCAGCAGGCGAGUAGCAUGGCAGGUGGUUUAGUAAACAGCGCGGCCGCUAGUAUUGCGUCAAUAUGGCGCGGUUUUACUGGCAGGUAGUUUUUACUUCCUUAAAUUGCUGUACAUCACAAUUAUAUGAAAAAUGUAUUUGUGGCACGACAGACAAAUUAUAUAGGUAAAAUUCGUAGUUUUCUUUUAUUUUCAUAAUCAGAUCUAAAUUUUUAAUGAUCUUGG